UUCAUUUAUAUAUUUAAUUUCUGUAAAUAAUGCUCUUACAAGUUGACAUCAUAAUCAUCGGUUCAUCAGUGUCCGUGUCGUCCGGAGAGUCGGAGCAUCACCCAGCAGCAGCAUCAUCACUCGCCGCUGUACCUGCGCUCCUCUCCUCCGACAUGGACCAGUGUCGGGCCCCUGACGUCAGCCGUCACCGCCCUGCCUGCAGUGUCGGAGCCUACAGAUGAUGCUGAUGGAGGCAGGGGGAAGCGGCCUCGCCGUGAAUCCCGUCCGGACGGCGGAGGCGCUGGAUUAUUUGAGGCGCAGCUGAAGACUUGGGGGAGGAAGAAAAUCGAAACGACCGCUCCCACGAGUUUCUGAUGGGGACAGAGAAACGCGAACAUCUGGCCCACGAACAGAUACUCCAGGGCGGAGAGGCGCGGGGGAGCGGCGGGCUGUGCCGCUCCGGUCGCGGGGUUCCUCGGUUUGGCAGAGCGAUGGUUUAGGGCGGAAGCCAUCCACAAUCCACGGGGUAAACAACGGCCGAUCCGUUUUCGGCAUCGCCGUGGAUACGGUCACCAGGGACGGGUGGAGGAAUACCUUCAAAAGGGUGGAGCUGCGGUUUGUUUAAUAAAUGAUGAGGGAUCCCGAUCAUCUCCUCUGCCCACUUGUGAGAGGUGGAUGUUCGUGCCGCUGAUCGGCAGCCUCCUUGUUGUGUUGUGAUAUUUCACCGGACCCGCUGUGGGAGGAUGGCUGCAGGCGGGCGCGGGACCACCGCAGGCAUUUACGCACGGCGCCCUGACUCUCCAUGUUUAUGCAAUCCGACGCAGUGCUGCCAGUGGGCUGAUCCGAUCCUCCUCUGCCGGCUCCAUAUGAUGUGAUAUGAUCCCCACCAGCGCCAGGCCCCAGUGUUUCUGUGAAAUAUGCCCAGGCCUCGUGUUCGACACCACAGAGUGAGGGUGCUGCCAUCGCACAGCAGGCUCCGGGCCAUGCGCUAAUCGGAGAGACGAAGGGGGGGGAAUCUCUGGGUUUUUACGGUGUUAUAAGCGGAGGGGGAGACACCAUCUCAGGCACCAUGUCGAAAGUUGUCAGCAACAAGGAGAAGAAAUCCUUCAGCAAGAAGCUGUUCCGGAGGAGCUCGGUGCGCUCCGUGGGCAGCUUCAUGAACAGAGUCCUCCGGACACUGUCCACUCUGUCCCACUUCAGCACCGACGAGCAGGCCGCCGAGGACGAGAAGGACGACUCGACCCUCCUCCCGAGCACCACCGGGGGGUCGGUGCCGUCCGACGACAGCGACUGCGGGGGGUUCCCCUUCGGCGACAAGGUGCCCGGGGUGGCCGGGCUCAAGAACCACGGCAACACCUGCUUCAUGAACGCGAUCCUCCAGUGCCUGAGCAACACGGAGCUGUUCGCCGAGUACCUGGCGCUGGAGCAGUUCAAAGGUGCGGAGACGAGCAGCAACAGCGGCGAGAAGGCCAAGCCCAACGGGGUGCUGGUGCUGAGGAGGGCCGGCCAGCAGCAGCAGGAGUCCGGGGAGGUGACGGAGCAGCUGUCCGGCCUGGUGCGGGCUCUCUGGACCUUUGAGUACACACCUCAGCACAGCAGAGACUUCAAGAAUGUUGUGUCCAAGAGUGCCCUUCAGUUCAGAGGUAACUCCCAGCACGACGCCCAGGAAUUCCUCCUUUGGUUGCUGGACAGAGUUCACGAAGACCUCAAUCAUAUCGUGCACCCUGACAUCAGACCUCUUCGGAAGCCUCCAGUGGAAGAAGAAAAUCCCCCUGAGGGAUCUCCACUACCAGCACCUGGCUCUUUUGUACAGGAGUUGUUUCAGGCACAAUACAGGUCGUCUCUGACCUGCCCUCACUGCCAGAAACAGAGCAACACCUUCGAUCCUUUCCUCUGCAUCUCACUGCCAAUCCCGGUACCUCACACACGGCCGCUGUAUGUGACAGUGGUGUACCAAGGAAAGUGCUCCCACUGUAUGAGAGUCGGGGUGGCCGUGCCGCUCUCCGGCACCGUGUCCAGGCUGAGACAAGCUGUGGCCCAAGAGACCAAAAUCCCUGCGCAACAGAUCGCCCUCACUGAAAUGUACUUCGAUGGCUUCCAUCGCUCCUUCUGUGACGACGACGACGACCUGGAGAUCAUUCAGGAGAGCGACUCCAUCUUUGCCUUCGAGACACCUGAGCUGUUCAGACCGGAGCAGAUCCGCUCCAAGCGAAGCGGGAGCCCACAUGCAAAUCUGAACCAGAACAAUUUGAAGUACGGCACAGACAACAACAGGAUUCCCACGCAAAUACAAGAGCCGGCGACACCCCCGGCGAGUCCUAAUAAGAACAGCGGGCAGGCGGAGAAGAUCGUCCUGCUGGUGUGUAACAGAGCCUGCGCUGGACAGCAAGGACGCAGGUUUGGAAAUCCAUUCAUUCUGUAUUUGGAGCGAACGGUGACCUGGGACGUUCUUCAGAAAGAGAUCCUGGAGAAGAUGCGUCACAUUUUGCGCCCCGGAGCCUUUGUGCAGGUGGGGCCCUUCACGUUACGUGUGGUGGGCGUGGUUGGAAUCACGUAUCUCUUGCCUCAGGAGGAACAGCCACUCUGCCAUCCCUCUGUGGAGAGGGCGUACAAGUCCUGCGGCCCUGGAGGACCACCUCAUGUCAAAAUUGUUGUUGAAUGGGACAAGGAGACAAAAGACUAUCUCUUCAAAAGAACUGAGGACGAAUACAUCCCGGACGCUGAGAGUGUGCGUCAGGUGAAGGAGCAGCACCUGCAGCCUCAGACGUGCUCGCUCGCCCAGUGCUUUCAACUCUACACCAAAGAGGAACAGCUGGCUCCGGAUGAUGCGUGGCGAUGUCCACACUGUAAGCAGCUUCAGCAGGGCAGCAUCAAGCUCAGUCUGUGGACCCUGCCAGACAUCCUCAUACUCCACCUGAAGCGCUUCAGACAGGAUGCGGAUCGACGAAUGAAGAUGCAGAACAUGGUGAAGUUCCCACUCACCGGUAUGGACAUGGCACCCCACAUGGUAAAGAGGAGCCAGAGCAGCUGGAGCCUCCCCUCCCACUGGUCACCAUGGCGACGGCCCUAUGGGAUGGGCCGUGAUCCGGAGGACUACCUCUAUGACCUGUACGCGGUGUGUAACCACCACGGGACCAUGCAGGGAGGUCAUUACACAGCUCACUGUAAGAACUCCAUCGACGGACAGUGGUACUGCUUUGAUGAUAGUGACGUUCAUCCCAUGUCUGAAGAUGAGGUCUGCAAGCAGACUGCUUACAUCUUGUUCUAUCAAAGACGAGCCACUAUUCCAUCCUGGUCUGCCAACAGCUCUGUGGGAGGUUCCACCAGUUCUUCGUUGUGUGAGCACUGGAUUAGUCGGCUGAUGGGCAGCCGUCCACCCAGCCAAGCCUCAUCUGGUUCCUCCAGACGCACCUCAUUGGCCUCCCUUUCUGAAUCUGCUGAGUUUACUGCUGAACGGAGCGAGGACGAUGCAGGCCUAUCGAGCCGCCCAGCAGUGAGAGGCAUGCAAAGGCAAACCUUCACCUCGAGAUCUUCCAUCGCCAGUCCGUUGGUUCUCAGUGAAAAUGGCACUAAACCAUCCUGGUCCCACUCUGCUAAGCUCCAGCUCCGUUCCAACUCUCCUUCACGCUUCUCCCUGGAAUCCCACUCCUCCUCCCCGACUCUGGAGAUGAUAGGAGAGGUUGUUGAUAGCCAGCUGUCAACCGCCUGCUUCACUGGGUCGCCUAAGCCGGACAGACUGUCAGGGUGCAAGUUGGCCCUUACAGCUUCGGAUAGUAAUCCUGGCAGUAAGAGGCUGAUAGAGCAGCUUCACUCCAAGGCUGUGAUGCAGGCGGAGCAGAAGAGCUCCAUCCAGGCUGGGGAUAACAACAACAUAGUCACUCCUGCUGAGCAAGUUAGUCCUCGACAUGGGGCAGCUGCUAAAGAGCCGAAACAAAGAAACGGGGCUGCAGACAGCACAGGUGUUAAAAGGACCUCAGCAAAGACUGGGUUAGAGAGUGAAAGGAGUCCCAAGAAGCGUCCCACCACCUCCUCAACAUCGUCCAGCUCUUGCUCUCCUGCGUCCCCAGCCAUUGACAAGUCACCGUCUCGAACACAGACAAAGGGUGCAGCAUCAGCAUCAAACCCCAAGGACAAGAGUGAUGGACCUCCUAAAACUAGCAAGGCUGGUUCCUCGAAAACAGCAACGCCCUCCAAAAAAGGGUCCUCUCAAACCCCGGAGGCAUUACAUCCAGACUCUGCCCAACAGAGGAAGGGUGGUCCUCCAGGAGCACAAAGCUCACAUCCUCAGAGAAGGGCAUCACCUAGAGGUGGAGGUGAGAAAAGCUCCGCCUCUGCAAGGACUAGAGCAGCAGAAAGGAGUGCAAGCCGUGAUUCCUCACGGCCCAUUGCGGUUUCGGAGAGAAAGGUCAGCCACGGAGGACCUCCCUCCAGGUCAAGUGCCGCUAGUAGAGCGGAGGGCAGGCCGGGUCGGGCUUCGGAGAACAGGGAGGUGGCCCGUAACUCUAGCAGUAGCUCCUCCGUGACUAGUCUCCGAUCCUCGAGCGUUGGCGUCUCGUCUUCGAGCUCAGCACCACCAUUAAGGGGACCUCGUAUGAACAGUAAGACGGAGGACAAAGGUCUGUCCUUCUUCAAAACUGCUCUGAGGCCCAAGGAGACCCGUAAGUCAGCUGAUGGUGGAAAAUCAGGGACGGGAGAGGCUAAAGGAAGUCCAGAGGAUAGUGUUGGUGAUGCAGCUAAAGAAGGAGGCCAACAUGCAGCAAGCAGGAAAGCCCAGAAUGGGGCUUCAGAGGCCCAGACUAACGUGACCACAGCCAAAGACAAGGAAUCCUCGAAGGCAUCUGCCGCAGCCAAGCAUUCACUGCUGCCCUCCACAAAGUCCAAGCUUUCUGGAGCGGAAACGACAACCCAGUCCUCCGCCAAUGCAAAGGACCUUUCAAAGAAGGAGCCUGCUAAAAAGACAAUGCAGUCCAGGAAGAUCCCCAUCAACUCUACACAAUCCAGCCAGAGGUCCAAGUGAUGUUGCAUCGAAGACUCGAUAACAAUUUCUCAAGUGCAGCUCCGAGGUGUUUUAACCAUCAAACUAGACCUGAGUGUCUGACCAACAUCUUUAAAGCACCUGUAGCUUUUCAGUGGUUACUGAAUACCAGCUGCCAUACUGGACGCGUACUGUCCACAUUGUUAAAUAGUUAUUUAGGAAUGGAUUUUAACAAAGCACUUUGUAUGGAUUGCAUUGAUUUUGAGGAAUAUUCUACUGUGUUGUAAAUAAGCAUGGACUCCACAUGUAUUGAAAUGAUUGCCUUGUUCUGUCUGUAGCAUAGUUGGGAGACGUACAUCUCGGUAGGAGGUGAAAAUAAAGGUGACUUUGCACAAGACGGAAAGCAAAUAUACUGUAAAAGGUGGAGAGAUACUUUUGAGAACUGUCAAACAUGGACCACUCAGUCACCAAAGGAAGUUUACUGGCAAUUUUUAACAUGCGGAUGCAGUGAAAUGCUGAAUUAUUUCCAAAAAAAACAUACAGCUCUCCUUCAAUAUCGAGAGCCAUAUGUCAACAACAAACAUCAGUGCCUCAGAUAAUCAUAGUGAAGUAUUUAAUCUAAAUUCUAUAACUGCAGGUGUUGGACGAUUUAUAAUUCAAUUUUAAUAUUUAAUACGCACUGAAAAUGUAAUUUCAAGUAAAACACGAUUUAGCCUAUUUAACCUGAACUGCUGUUUACAUAUGCUCCUCGGUGUAGUAAUUGUGCAACAGCCUUUAAGGGGAAGAGGAAGAAGAGGGAGGAGUCUGUGAUGGAGGUGCAGGAAUGAAGCAUGUGUCGUUGGUGUUAAAUGUCUGGAGACCUUGGUUUUGUAAUGACUCUUAAAUGUUUUGUGUUUGAUUUAGCAGUGAUAACCUGUUAACCCCCCACCCCCCCUAAGACGAGCUCCCCCACCCGUCACCACCUCUGCCCUCCAGCUGCUGAUGCCAACACUUACCUGCGGUGCCCAUGCUCCCCGUGGGGACCAGCAUCUUCAGACUGCCAGACAUCUCCAAACAUUCCUCUCAGAUGAACACAGGGUUUAUGUAAAAACAACAACAGCAACAACAACAAAAAAAAGCCACUACACGCGCUAAGACGACAUAUUCAAAGACAGCUGGGUUUGCCUCGGUUGAACACCACACAUGUACGUAGAGCAUUUAUGGUGCGUUUUGAGUCAGCCCCCCUCCCCCCUCCCCCACCCCCGUUCUCUGUCUUUCACGUGUGACAUCGCAGCUUGUGCACAUCUCUCUACCUUGCAUCGAACGCAUAGAUAAACACUGAAUGCACUGAGAAAAAAUAAAUAAAACACACCUAUCACGAAGUAUACGACCGUUGUUGCAUGCUGAAAUCGCUUAUGCAUGCACUUAACUAUGCAAGCAGAUUCUUGCUGAUGCCCACACUGAGUAUGUAGACGUGCUACUCUUGGAUGUGUAUAUAUUUCUAAUUGUAUAUUUUUCCAAAUGCCAGCAUCAGAGAGCAUGUUGAGGCAUACUUUAUUAAAGCUUUGUUUGCACAUUUCUUCAACAGUUAAUAUACAUUUUUGUAUGAAUGAUAAGUAUUGCUCAUUCACCCUCUCAAAGUAAAUCAACGCAUUUGCAAAGUAAUGUUUUCUGUACUGUGUUCAUUCGUCUCACGUUUUUACCUCAGAGUCUUUUAAAAGGCAAUUUUUAAAAAAUGUUUUUUUGCUGCAAUUUUACGACUUAUGGUGUAACUCUCAUCGUCGCGUCUUUACCAGUUUCAACUGUAAGAGCUCGGAAACUAAAAUGACGCGUUCAAAUGACACCACUAGUGUACUGUGCAUGCCCUGAUGUGUGGCUUGUUUUUUGGUUCUAAAUAUAUAUUAUUAUACACGUUUUUUCAAUUUAGGCCAGGACAGUUUAAAACAAAAUGCUGCCAUUUUAUCCCUUAUUCGUCUGUUUUUGUCUUAAAAAAUCCCCCAAAUUUACAAUGUGCAAUAUUUUCUCAACAAUCUGAAGUUGUCUUGAUUUUCAUUUUUGUACGAUCCAACCUCAGACCUACUUUACAAUACAACAAUAGACAGAUGUUAAUACCUUUACUGAAGUACUGUAAAUCACAAUAUCUUGAGUUUUUCACUGUGAAAAAAUUGCACUGUAAGGCUUCAUCGAAUGAUUUUUUGUCCCACAGGUACAGAUUCACAAAUAGUAGUUAUGGUUAUAUAAAUAUCACAGCUAUAGAUCAAGUGAAUGUCACAUUCAAGGAGGAGUGUGCGAUGCUAAGCCAGAGCAGCUGGACUGUAAACUGCUUUAUAGAGCCUUCUGGCACACGGUGCGGAAUAAAUCUAAAUGUUAACUUCAGUGCCUGGUGGCUACAGUGAGUUGAAACUGUGCUAUUACAGCCCAUACAUGCAGUAAAUGAACUGACUUAUGUAUGUCACAUCCACUUUAAGUGAAACCUUGCAGGUGCUGGCUAUAAGAGAGGGAUGUAUAAAUAUAGCGAGGUGCUAUGAGGAGUUAUUUAUUUUCACAAAUGCAUGAGAGCAAGUUUUUUCUUUUAUUCUUUUUUCCAUUCAUAUUCUGUGAUAUAAUGUAAUUUUGACCUGUGGUGUGUUCAUCUUGUUUUUUGGGGAGUAGCAGCGUGUGCUGGCAUUGAUUUGGCAACGCAAGACAAACGACAGCAGAAUCUAAUUAUGUCAUGAAAAUAAAAUUUUGUUGACAUACAAAA